AUGAGCCUGGUUGCCCGUCCGCCGGCCGACGCAGCGUGCGCAGCCAGCGCAGCGGAAAACGCCACCGUCACCGGCGGUGUCACCUGCCCGGCCGACGUCCGGCAGGCGCGCCACCACUGCCGGCAGACGCACAAGCGGGACGGCUCGCGCGUGGGCCUGGCGCCGCGGCCUGUGGCUUUCAUGCAGCACGCGUUGAUGGACUCCAGCGCGGGCUGGCUGCUGCUGGGCCCUGGGCGUGCGCUGGCCUUGCAGCUGGCGGAUGCAGGUUUUGACGUGUGGCUGGCCAACUCAAGGGGCAACCGCUACAGCCGCAACCACACCUCAUUGGACCCUGACGUUGACGCGGCCUUCUGGCGAUUCACUUGGUCUGACAUGGCGGAUUACGACGUGCCGGCCAUGGUCGGACACGUGGCAGACGUCACGGGGCAGCAGCGCGUCGUGUACUUUGGGUACUCGCAGGGCUCGAUGAUCGGCCUGGCCGCCCUGGCCAGCCAGCCGGCCCUCGCGCGCCGCAUCUCGCUGGCCGUCCUGAUGGCGCCGGUCGCGUUCACGCGCCACAUGACGAGCCUGCCCUUCGUGCUCUCUGUCAAGGCGCGGCUCGACGAGCGCCUCCUAGCCGCAGGCUGGGGCGAGUGGGGCGCGUACAGCCCGCGCUUCUCGGCGCGCUCGAUGCGCGGCUGCCGCCUGCUGCCGGGCCUGUGCGAGCGGUACCUGACAAGCCUGUGCGGGGCCAACCCGCGCGGGAACCUGGCGCCAGAAAUUAUUGAGCUGGUGAUGGGGCACCUGCCGGUGGGGACGAGCGUGAUGAACAUGGCACUGUGGUCGCAGGCCGUUCGACGCGGCAGCGCCUCGGAGCUGCUGCGCUACGAUUUUGGCUCAGACUGCUCGCGCGAUGGUGCCUGCAACCGCCUCGUCUAUGGGGCGGACCGACCGCCUGGGUACAACCUCAGCGCCAUCACCACACCACUCGCGCUGUUCACAGGCGACCGCGACGCGAUCUCGCCGCCUGCUGACGUGGCGCUGCUCAAGGCCGCCCUGGCGCCCGGCGUGCUGGCGCACCACCACGCUGAGCCUGAUUACGGCCACCUGGAUUACGAGCUGGGCAUCGACACGCCGGCGCGCAUCUACCCAGGCGUUGUCAGCCUCGCGCGCACCGCGGCGGCCGCGGCCGGGGAUAUUUCGGCGCUGAAGGCGCCUGCGGUGUGA